AUGACCAAUGCAAGAAUUUUUAAUGCAUCCAAAUGUGAACUUUAUCAAAUCAAACUCCGCGGAUCAAUUCGACUUCGAGCUCAAUUUUUCGGCAAUUUGAUAGCUGCUCAAGCAGCUCGACAAUUCAAUCCUUUCUUAAGUCAAGGAGAAUCACCAUCCGUGGAAUUCGACUGGGAUCGAAAGGAGCCAACCUUCCUGCCUGAGAUGGUAUCAUGUUCCAUCGAAUUAUCAGAUUUUAAUCCAAAGUUGGGAACAACAGGUGAAUUCGAUGGAUACCUGAGACUGAAGUCCAGCUGCUCGGGGGAACCCUUUUCAAAAUUUACUAAUACUGGUAAGAUAUGUAUAUAUGUAUAUAUAUAUUCAUAA